AUUUAAUGCUAUAAUCAUUAUAAAUAGACGUGUUGUCGGGUUUAUAAAUUAAACGCAGUAUUGGGAAACAACGGAUAUUACUAUCCUAAAACGUAAAACAAACAACAAUCGGUAUUAGACAAUUAACAAUUACGCGAGAUGACGUCAUCCUACACUAUAAUAGACAGUGUGGACAGGGCAAGAACUGCCGUCGAGGAACUGAUGAAAGAAGACUACGUGUCAAUUGACGCUGAAGGGGUUAACAUGUCGAAGACAGGACCUCUAACUCUGCUACAAGUGGGCAAAAAGGACGGUCACGUCUUUCUCUUUGAUGUGUUGACAUGUCCUCAAAUAUUUAAAGAUGGUGGAUUACAGGACUUGUUAGAAGGCAUACAAGUUCUGAAGGUGAUGCACUCAUCUUCCAACGACAGCACUUCACUGAAAUGUCAGUUUGACAUCUUGCUACAGAACGUCUUUGAUACGCAGGUUGCAGAUCGGCUGAUAGAAGAGAACCAAGGGAGACAACUCCCACCCAAAGCAAAGUUACUUAGGUCUCACUACACAGAUCACUUCCGGGUGACAGUUCAUUCAUCACGGUCCACUAUAGUUUGUGAGAAAUAUGGCGUCGAUGUAUCUUCAAUGAAGAAGAAAGAUGACCUUGGGGAUAAAUGGACGAAAGCUGAUGGGGAGUACUGGGCACACCGUCCGUUUACAGAAGAGAUGACGGACUACGCAACAGCAGACGUCAGAGUCCUCAUUCCGGAGUUGUACGAAGAAAUGAAAAGACGUAUUGAGCUGAAGGGUUUAACAUCACUCCUCAAAGAACGCACUGAAGAGGAUCUGAGAUACCGAUGGGACGAUACGGUGCGAGGCAUCCAGGAAGCCAGACGGAUUGAAGUCAGUACCGCGAUUCUACACCAGAUGGAAACCGAAUACAAUCAACCUUUGGACCUAAGUGACAUGGAAAACGAAGACCACAAAGCGGUUAUUAAACGAAUGGGGAUGUCAGAAGCGAAACAGUACAACCGGAUUAUCCAGGACAUGAAAAGUAAUCAGAUAAAGCAAGACAUAGAAGCUGUAAAAGCGGAAGUGGACGAAAAGGGCGACGCGUAUGUCCCUAUAGAAGCAGAUUUGCGCAUCUUGUUACACGGAAAAGAGCAUGUUGACAGUCGGGUCCAUAAACUCUGCGAAACAGUACUUGGGAAAAUUGACGCCAUUCUGCAAAAAGAUAUGGCAAUAAAGUACAACCUCCAAACGCCACCAAAGCAUGUAUCUGAUCUGGAAAAACGAUUCCUGCGUAGACUGAGAUCAAAGACGGGCGAAACCAUUCCAGCCGUCAUCCUCAGACUAAAAUGGCUUUGCGCAGAAGAAAGUAUGGAUCAGCGAAUAAAGGAGUUCCAAGAAAACCCGUCCGGUGUGGAGAUAAACACCGGUGAACACAAGAAGUACAAGUUUUUCUUGAGCGGUCCUGGCGUUCCGUGGGGUCUAAAACAGAAAGCAAAGAGUUUUCUUUUUGAACUGGAACGAGCUGGUAAAGUUCAGAGACCACAACCCAGAAGACGCCAACGGCAUGAUUAUUAUGAUUAUGAUUAUGAUGUUUUGUAUGAUGAUUAUGAUUACUAAUUUUCCCUGGUUUUCUGAUAUGCUAGAGGACUUUAGCCUCGGCAACAGCAAUACGGAUAUCAAGACAAAAUAAGACAGCACAAACUUUUAUUUAGUAUUAAGGUCACUGGCCCAAAAUACAUUAUAAAACCGAAACAACUUUGUCGCACGCUUGUGGUAAAUGAUACGAAAUCAUCACUUUGCAUUCUUGUUCAGGAAACAUUAUAUUAUAGAGUAGAUUACUUGUAAUUGCAUCAGCUUGACAAUAAUAAUCGAUGAUUGUAGAUGUGAAUGUUUAUCAAUAAAGGAAUUGAGAAACAUG